CCUGCUCGGCGCAUUCUUGUUGCAUCAUCAGCGUGCGCCUCCGCGACGAACUAGGUCUGGGCUACGAACGUAUGGCAGCUUCUGAGGUGCCGUCGGUGGUGUCUUCGUCGUCUUUGAAAACAGACACAUCCCCUGUCCUUGAAACUGCAGGAACGGUUGCAGCAAUGGCUGCGACUCCGCCAGUCACAGCUGCAGCCGCGGCUGUUGCGGCCGCGGCCAGGACAGGAUCCGAAGCCAGGGUCUCCAAGGCCGCUUUGGCUACAAAGCUGCUGUCCCUGAGCGGCGUGUUCGCCGUACACAAGCCCAAAGGGCCCACUUCAGCCGAGCUGCUGAAUCGGUUGAAGGAGAAGCUGCUGGCAGAAGCUGGAAUGCCUUCUCCAGAAUGGAGCAAGAGGAAGAAGCAGACUUUGAAAAUUGGGCAUGGAGGGACUCUAGACAGUGCAGCCCGAGGAGUUCUGGUGGUUGGAAUUGGAAGGGGAACAAAAAUGCUGACCAGUAUGUUGUCAGGGUCCAAGAGAUACAUUGCCAUUGGAGAACUGGGGAAAGCUACUGAUACACUCGAUUCUACGGGGAAAGUAACAGAAGAAAAACCUUACGAUAAAAUAACACAAGAAGAUAUUGAAGGCAUUCUACAGAAAUUUACUGGGAAUAUAAUGCAAGUGCCCCCCCUCUAUUCUGCAUUAAAGAAAGAUGGACAGAGACUUUCAACUUUGAUGAAGAGAGGUGAAGUCGUAGAAGCAAAACCUGCCAGACCAGUGACCGUGUACAGUAUCUCCCUUCAGAAAUUCCAGCCACCAUUUUUCACAUUAGAUGUUGAAUGUGGAGGAGGUUUUUAUAUCAGAAGUUUGGUCAGUGACAUUGGAAAAGAACUAUCUUCCUGUGCCAAUGUGCUAGAGCUGACCCGAACCAAACAGGGGCCAUUUACACUAGAAGAGCAUGCCCUUCCUGAAGAUAAAUGGACAAUUGAUGACAUUGCGCAGUCUCUUGAGCAUUGCUCAUCUCUUUUCCCAGCAGAGUUGGCACUUAAAAAAUCAAAACCUGAGAAGUCUAAUGAACAGGUUUUGAGCUGUGAACAUAUAACUCUAAAUGAGCCAAAGGGAGAAGAUGAUGUAAUUAAGACGUGUUGAGAUUGGCCUGGGAAUAUCAUCAUUUUCUAGUUGACAUUUGAAUCCCUUUGUGCGGAUGCAGAAUGACAAGCUACAUUCAAAAGACAAACAGUAUUCUUAACGUUUUUUUUGCAUGAAGAAAAAUGUCUAUCAUUUACAGUUUCAAUAGCAUAUAAUUUAUUUGCUGUGCCUUGUAAAUGGCCUCGCAGUUGUUCAGUUGUUUGCUGUGUUGUGGAAUGUUCUUUUAGGAUUUUUUAUGUCGUGAAAAUAUGAAUAUGAUUGGAUUCAAGAAAAUUAACUUUCUGAAUUUGAUCUGUCUUCAGUCUUGUGAAAAAGUUGAACAAAUUUCCUAAUCAAA